AUGGCUUCGGCGUCGGCAUCGCAUGCUACGCGCCUAUGCGUGCUCGCCUGCCGGCAGGCCCCGAGACUGCAGUCGACUCUUCCACACCCGCGACUGCAGCAAUUGCAGCGAGGCUCCGUGCCAGCCGCGAGACGAGCGUUUACGGUCACAACUUCGAAAUGGGACGAUGCGAAACAGCCCCCAAAGCCAGAGGGCGAGGGAUCGGCGCAGAAAGUCAACGAGGCAACGGAGCAGAAGGUUCAGGAGGCUGCCGAAGCCGUGCAGUCGGCAGAUGCCAGCUCUGACCCUGCUACCUCGACCCCCUUCGCAACCGCAGCCCCCGAAUCUGGCAACAUUGAGCUCUUCGGAGAGCAGGUCAUGGACGCCACGGCCAAGGAGCACGGAUAUGCCACUUGGGACGCAUUCGUGGAGGGAGAGUCGGAGAAGGGCCCUGAGCUGCCUGCACGCCAGAGAGAGUUCGAUAAGGACUUUAUGGCCAUUGUGGAGCCCAGGCCGGACCGAAAAUCGUUCUGGUUCGAGCAGGAUGACCCUGAACCUGAUACGAGGGAGUUUGACGAGUUUGACGAGGACGACAUGACGGUCAUGGCACAUGCAAAGUUGCAGGAGGUUCAGGAGAUGAGGCACUACCAGCGCCUUGCGAUCUGGGAGCUGCCCCUGCUCUCGAAACUCGCAAAGCCCUUUGAGCCUCCGACGAGCAAGCAACCCCUACGCUGGCGAUACACCACCUACAUGGGCGACAACCACCCAGCCGAGAAAAAGGUCGUUGUGCAAUUCGCGCCCGACGACCUCGGCCUCACAAAGGUCCAAACCGACAAGGUUAAGAAGCUGUGCGGCGUUCGCUACAACCCCGAGACCGAGGUUGUCAGGAUGAGCUGCGAGAGCUACCAGAACCAAGCGCAGAACAAGCACUUCCUCGCCGAGCAGAUUGACAAGAUCAUCGCAGAGGCCAAGAACGGCAAGGACACGUUUGAAGACAUUCCUCUCGACACGAGGCACCACAAAUCGACCAGCACCAAGGCGCGCUUCCCCAAGGAGUGGCUCAUGACCGAGCAAAGGCAGAAGACACUCGAGGAGGAGAGGAAGAGGUUCUUCCAGAUCGAGGCGCAAAGGGAGGAGACACAUCAGGUCGUGGACGGCAAGAUUGCGAUUGAGAACCAUCUCAUGGGGAAGCUAAGGCAGGACCAGGCCAGGGAGCAGUCUUUCGCCCCGGUGCGUGCGGCGGCACCGCUGCGGAGAUCUCUUGGACCCAAGGACAGGGCGAACAGGACAUAG